AUGUCUGAGCAUCUGAAAAGAGUAUUCGCAGAGAAGAAAGAACAGGAUCAACCUGCAUUCGUCACUUUCCUGACUGCAGGAUUCCCAACUCGAGAUGCCACCGUAUCACUCAUGAUGGCUUUGGAAGCUGGAGGAGCGGAUAUAAUUGAAUUAGGUGUACCAUUCAGUGAUCCUAUCGCGGAUGGACCGACUAUCCAGAGAGCCAAUACCAUUGCCAUCGAAAACAAUGUCCAUUACUCUGAUUGCUUAGAAUACGUUAGACAAGCCAGGAAAUCAGGAUUGAAGGUUCCCGUCAUUUUCAUGGGCUACUACAACCCCCUUAUUGCUUACGGUGAAGAAUUAGCUGUGAAGGAUGCUCGAGAAGCAGGCGCAAAUGGAUAUAUCAUCGUGGAUCUCCCACCGGAGGAAGCUAUCAAGUUCAGGAAUAUAUGUCAAGAAAACAGCAUGUCAUACGUUCCCCUCAUCGCUCCUUCCACAAGUAUCGACCGAGUGAAAUUCUUGACUUCUAUUGCCGAUUCCUUCAUUUACGUUGUUUCCAAGAUGGGUGUUACAGGUUCUUCAGCCGGAGUAGCCAUCUCAGCCUCCCUUCCCGAACUGGUAGCUAGAAUCAGGGCCUUCACACCGGUCCCAUUGGCAGUAGGAUUUGGAGUAGACAACCGAACACAUUUCGAAUUCGUUACUUCUGCUGGAUCGGACGCCGUGGUGGUCGGUUCAAAAAUCAUCAAAUUGGUAUUGGACAAUCCCGACAUUGAAAAAGCCAGUAAAGAAGUUGAGUAUUUCUGUAGGGAAAUCACAUUACAUGGUCAAAAUCCUCCUCCAUUAGGUAGGGCAAAUGGUGUAGCCCAAAAUGGAACUGCAAAGGUAGAACCUGUUUUACCUAUACCUGAAGGAGAAGUUGCCAAACCUGAAUUACAAGUCGAUCAACCUGGAAAAUUACCUUCUCGAUUCGGUUUAUUCGGUGGUGCCUAUGUGCCGGAAUCGUUAGUUGAUUGUUUGAGUGAAUUGGAAGCUGCUCAUGCGGAAGCUAUCAAAGAUCCUGAAUUUUGGAAAGAAUUCGAAGAUAUGUUUGGAUAUAUUAAUAGACCUUCUCAGUUGUACUAUGCUGAGAGGUUGACGGAGGAGAUGGGAGGUGCUAAGAUUUGGUUGAAACGAGAAGACUUGAAUCACACUGGAUCACAUAAAAUCAACAAUGCUGUCGGUCAGAUCCUUCUCGCAAAACGAUUGGGUAAAACUCGAAUUAUUGCUGAGACUGGUGCGGGACAACAUGGUGUGGCCACUGCUACUGUCUGUGCCAAAUUUGGUUUGCAAUGUGAUGUCUAUAUGGGUGCGGAGGAUGUGAGAAGACAGGAGUUGAACGUGUUUAGAAUCAAGAUGUUGGGUGGUAAUGUUAUCCCCGUCACAGCUGGAUCACAAACAUUGAAAGAUGCAGUCAAUGAGGCCAUGCGAGAAUGGGUUACUCGACUUGAAGAUACUCAUUACCUCAUUGGUUCAGCUAUCGGUCCUCAUCCUUUCCCUACCAUCGUGAGAGACUUCCAGAGGGUCAUUGGAAGAGAAAUCAAGUCGCAAAUGCAAGAGAAAGCUGGUAAAUUGCCUGAUGCCGUCGUAGCUUGUGUUGGUGGUGGAUCCAACGCUAUUGGUACUUUCUAUGAUUUCAUUGGGGAUGAGAGCGUUAGAUUGGUCGGUGUUGAGGCUGGUGGACAUGGUGUUGACACCGACUUACACUCUGCUACACUCACCAAGGGAGUUAUCGGUGUGGUCCACGGUGCUUCGUCGUAUAUCAUCCAAAGUAAAGAAGGUCAAUUGGUACCUACACAUAGUAUCAGUGCUGGUCUUGAUUAUAACUCUGUCGGGCCCGAACAUUCCCACUUGAAAUACACCGGUCGAGCUGAGUAUAUCGUCGCUGACGAUACUCAAGCAUUGAAAGCUUUCAAGAUGGUUACUCAGCUCGAAGGUAUCAUUCCCGCUCUGGAAUCUAGUCAUGGUCUCUGGGGUGGUAUGCAGUUGGCCAAGACUUUACCGAAAGACAAGGACGUGGUCAUCUGUCUAAGUGGUAACGGUGCUAAGGAUGUCGCCGAAGUAUUGUUGACCUUGAAGGACAAGAAAUGGGCUGAUAAGCUGGACUGGCACGUCGCUCAAUAG